AAGGUGCUGAGUGCGUGCCUGCCUAUGCCUUGCUAAAGACCAAGCCUUCUUGGCACUUCUCCCUUCUUUGAGCAUUAACAAAACUUUAGGAGCCCUAGGAUUUAAGUCAUGUAUUUCCAGCCCUAUUGAAGCAGGGAUGAUUACUCAGUAAAUGGGAAGGUAGGCUAUGAUGUCACGAGUUAUUCUUUUCAAGUACGGGAAAAGGGUCUCUCUCUAUAUAUAUUAAGAGGAGAAGCUCCUGUUCCUUGAUAAUAACAAGAGCAACAAGGGAAGGAAGCACCUGCUUUUAAAAUCCUUCGUUUUACUUUAGUAUGUUAGGUGCAGAAUAAAAGCUCCUAGGGCGGGAUUUUUUUUUAAGUCAGUUGCAUUUUUGAUUUAUUUCACUUUUUUUUAAAAAAAGAUAGAAACUAGUUGUGGAAGCAAUUGCUAAGAAGAUCAACCUCUUUUUGGCCAGGGUGAUCUCUGAAAGGCACAGAAGACUGUAACUCAAGGAAAAGGUGAAGUAAUAAAUUGUUCCAAGACCGAGAGGAUACAAUGGUCACUAAACUGUUCCAGCAUUGGAGUUUCGCAGUCUUCCUGCUGAGUUAUUCUGUCCCCUGUUAUGGGAGAUCACUAGAGGGGACCAGCCGCAGACUCAAAAGAGCUGUAUCAGAGCAUCAGCUACUGCAUGACAAAGGGAAGUCUAUCCAAGAUCUACGAAGGAGGAUCUUCCUUCAAAAUCUCAUUGAAGGUGUUAACACAGCAGAGAUCCGGGCUACUUCAGAAGUUUCUCCAAACCCUAAGCCUCCGACUAACACAAAGAACUACCCUGUCCGAUGUGGCAGUGAAGAUGAGGGUAAAUACCUAACUCAGGAGACAAACAAAGCUCAGACAUACAAAGAGCAGCCCCUGAAGACAUCGGGAAAGAAGAAGAAACCAAAGCCUGGAAAACGCAAGGAACAAGAAAAGAAAAAGAGGCGAACCCGCUCAGCAUGGCCAAAUUCUAGAGGGUCUGGUAAUGGAAAUGAAGGGGUCCCCCUCUUGGACAUCUCUGGUACUACACAUGAUCACAAUUUAAGGAGGCGUUGAAUUUUCAGUUGAGAUCUUUGGAAAACAUAUUGCAGUAUUCUGUAAUAGUGAACACAUGGAAAGUAUUAGAAAUAUUUAUUAUCUGUAAAUAUUGUAAAUGCAUUGAAAUAAAGCCGCCUCCCCCAUUGCUCUCUGAAACUGCACAUUUGGCUAUUGUGAAUUUUUUUUUUUUUUUUUUUUUGGCUAAGGCUAAGUCAAUUAUUAUUGUCACAUUUACCAUAAUUUAUUUUGUUGAAUGGUGUAUUUAUUUUGUUAAAGUAUCUUGGUGCUGCUGACUUUUCUAUACAUAUAUAUAUUUUGUAACAUAAUGCACUUUAGAUAUACAUAUCAAGUACAUUAAUAACUGACAUAAUAAGAAAGUGUUCCUCUUUUGUGGUUGAUUUUAAAUGGAUGCCUAUGAACAAUUGUUCAACUGAUUUUCCUCUGUGCAUGUAAAAUAGCAAUAUUUUAAAAUUUGUAAAGAAUGUUUAAUAAAAUAU